AUGGUCGCUUUUACCAGCCUCGUAGCGGCUUUCGCCGGCAUUGCCGGUACUCUGGCGAUGCCCACAGGCCUCGAGCCUGAGAGCAGUGUCAACGUCACGGAGCGUGGCAUGUACGACUUUGUCCUCGGAGCCCACAACGAUCACCGCCGUCGUGCCGCCAUCAACUAUGACCAGAACUACCAAACUGGCGGGCAAGUCAGCUAUUCGCCUUCCGGCACUGGAUUCUCAGUGAACUGGAACACUCAGAAUGACUUUGUUGUGGGAGUCGGCUGGACGGUUGGAUCCUCUGCCCCCAUCAACUUUGGCGGCUCCUUCAGUGUCAACAGCGGAACUGGCCUGCUCUCCGUCUAUGGCUGGAGCACCAACCCCCUGGUUGAAUACUACAUCAUGGAGGACAACCACAAUUACCCAGCACAGGGUACCGUCAAGGGAACCGUCACUAGCGACGGAGGCACUUACACCAUCUGGGAGAACACUCGCGUCAACGAGCCUUCAAUCGUCGGCACGGCGACCUUCAACCAGUACAUUUCCGUGCGGAACUCGCCCAGGACCAGCGGAACUGUUACUGUGCAGAACCACUUCAAUGCUUGGGCCUCGCUUGGCCUGAACUUGGGCCAGAUGAACUAUCAGGUUGUGGCUGUUGAGGGCUGGGGUGGCAGUGGUUCGGCCUCGCAGAGUGUCAGCAACUAAGUUGAGAUUG